AUGGUUCCUGACCGCACUGAGGUCACUUUGAGUAGUUCAAGCGGAAUCCUCGGGGUCGGCCGGUUCACUCAUUGGCUCUAUUUCACCAUUUGGUUCUCGCCCGUGCUGUAUCGCUGCGCGACCAUUUCCCCACACAUCGGCAGAGAAGCCUGGAGUGAUUGCUCAUACGCCAGUGCGUUUAUAGCAGUGAAGCAACUAAAUCUGAGUGACACAGAUUUAAAAUUGUCUGGCUUCACAUCAGGCAGCACCAUGACAGUGUCCUUGUGGCCGAGAAGACCUGGGUCAAGUCUAGGAACCGAAGGUGGACUCUGCGCGCUGGUCUUUCUUCUCCUCUUCCACAAUGCGGACGCCGGGAUCCAGAUCAAGACGCAGCAGCGGGAUUUCUUCGUUAUCGAAGGCCGCAACUUCACCAUCGCAGCUGAAAUUAAGUUGGACCAGGGAGACACCAUUGCCUCGGCUUUCUGGGUUAAACAGAAUGGAGAGCGUCAGAGAAUUGUCGAUUGCUUGCCGGACCGGGUUGAAACAGCAAGCUACUCAACGUACACGGGUCGAGCACGGUGCGCAAUGCAAGCAGACAAAAUAGCGUUGACACUCUCAAAACUCACGCCAAAAGACAGCGGCGAUUAUGAGCUCAAGAUAACUUUAAAUUCCGGUGAAAUCGGCACAGUGCAAUUCACCGGGAAACUCUACGGUAAGUGA